CCAUUUAUUCGCUCAGCUACCAAAGGAUAUAUGACCAUGGCAACACCGCUGGAGUUUGCAGCAGUCAUGCGAGGUUCUUAUUGCGUGUGAUUCUUGUCGCAGCUAGAAAUAUGAUGUCAAUUAAGACAUCUAUUUCAUCUAUGUUGUUGUAUUCAAUGGCACAACGUGUUUACUUCAUGCAAAGUAAAUUCUUAUUUGCCAGAACUAUCUUCUUUGUUCCCGUGUCGUCGGGGUCGAUAACACAACUUAGUCACAAAUAAUGGAGUGGUUACAUGAUUCUCAUUCCAAUCGUUAAAAUGGUGGCUUUGAAACUUGAAAGUGUGCUUGCAAGCAUAUUUUACAAAAUUCUUCAUACACAAGACAGCGUCUUCAGUAUUGACGUUUCAACGAGUAAUUUUGAAAAACAUCUAAUUAUUUAGAAUAAAUGAUAUUUUUGUUGUUCCAAUCUCUUUUGCUAUCAUGUGACGAUACAGUUAAAAACAUUAUUGCAUAUGAUUUCAAAAUUUGUUUCACAAUGUUGAUAUUCACAAUGUAGAUUAUAUAAUGAGUGAUCCAUAUUGAAUGAGCACAGGUUUUGUUAUUUUAAUGACAUGCAAACAAUUUUGCCACGUAUAGAUGUGCAUUUUCAGGAUUCUGUUCUUAUUGCUUUUCAAGUCAAACUUCGCCAUAAAAUUCAGCUAUUCUGAAUAAUUUGAACUUUAGCCACGACGUCCACGGGAAGGUACGCCGCUGUAAAGUUUUGAUAAGGAAAUGGACAGUACCAACUCUUCUCAAUUAAAGCCCAUACCAUCGUCCAAAGAAGAAAUAAUGGCAGAAUUAGAUGAGAUCAAAAUGAGUGGUGAAAAUGCAGAAAUAAUUCCCAGGGCGUCACUUCUUUAUUUUAUAACUUCAAGUAUGAAAAUCCAACGCCAUUCUAAAUCUGCAAUGAUAUUGCUUGUUGGAAGUACUGGAUCUGGUAGAUCAUCAACAAUAAGUCAUUUACUGGACACUGGAGAUAAAAUUAGUGUUAUUGAGACAAGUAAUUAUGAAUUAUCUACGAAAAAAACAUCUGAGUAUAUCAUUACUCUUGACGAACCAAAGUAUGAAGUGCGUGAUUUAGUUUUGAGUGUUAUUGAUACACCUGGCUUCAACGAUGGCGAUGGCGUUAAACAAGAUGUGUGCAAUUUUGUAUCUGUGAAAAAAUACUUUGAAACACAUCCCGAAUUUUCUUCGAAAACAAAGAUUUAUCCAAAUCUUGUGUUCAUAGUUGACAGAGCCAGUAAUAAUAGAAUGAAAGGAGUCAAUAGCACACUUUCACGAUCCUUGAGAGGUAUCAAGAUGUUAGAUGUUGUUGACAUCAGUCAUCCAAAUCUUGUGAUUUUAACACAUGCUUGUUCUGUUGGCCACGCAAACCCGAAAAAAUGGCAAGAAAGUAUGCAAAAAAAGAAAGAACUUGUGUCCGACAUUGUUUUUGAAACUUUAGGUGUCAGUGCGCCAACUGUAUUGAUAGAAAAUGAUCCUUAUAAUGAUUAUGAACUUGAAAAGGAUGGAGAUUUCACAAUUCUUCCCAAUGGUGAAAGACAACCUUUGAAUUUAUACAAAGCUUGCCUUAGCUUACUCACAAAAAGCAAAGAUGGAAACGAUAUCACAGAUAAGUUUGGGCAUAUGGUGUUCAAUGCUGCAUUUACACGAAAGAAAAAUGAAAAACCAUUAAAAGGUCAUGAAGUUAAAGCCAAAGUUGCAAAUAAAGAGGAGUUAUCAGAUGAGGAAUGGAAACUCGUAAAAGAUUUUACUGAAGCUGCUGCAGGAGAUUUAACCAACUCACUUGCCGAGCGUGCAAAGCAGUAUAUUUCCGACAACAACAUCCAGGACGAGUCUGUAAAAAAAGAACUUUUUGGGCUGUAGGAAACUAUGAAUGCGAUGGGAUUGUCGGAUGAUUCAAGAUUGAAGAGCACAACAGUCGUUCAAAUCAACUAUUGUCAUGACGACAUUAUCACCGAACACGGCCUUCAAAUGUUGGAAAAGAAGUUUAACUUAAAAUGUGCUGAGUCGCUUUAUUUGGCUGAAUUUAUUGGUCAGGGAUACAACCUUGUCACAGACGACUUUGUUUCAGCUCAGGUUUUAAAAUUAUCUCUCGUUGAUAAUAAACAAUUUGGCAUUAGAAUUCCUGAAUGUGCACAAAUAUUGAAGACAAAUGAAACUGUAGACAGCGAAAUACAUUUACAACGGAAUGAAAGUUCCAUUAAAUCGCGCCUUUCAGCCUUGGGGCUAAAUGUGAACAUGGCACCAAGUAUAUUAACGAUAGCUCAAGAAUUUGAUGUAAAUUACAGCAUGAAGCGUCAGGAAAAUGACUCAAGAUCUUCAACCAA